ACACUGACAUUUUUCGCUCAUUACGUAUCAAAACGUCACAAAAUCACAACAAACAAAUCACGGCAGCGGCAAUUUAUUCACAUUUUCAAUUCCGAUUAGAAUAGAUAACUCGUGAAUACGUAUUUUGGUAAAUUUCAAAGUCAAAACCUAAUUUCAUAGCACAACAAAAAUUUAUUUGAUAAAUUCUAUAUAAAGCACAAUGUCGGCGACCGGCGAUGUAGCUCCGAAGGUGUUAGUUCUUGACGGAGGGUUUUCAACGCAGCUGUCGUGCCAUGUCGGCACCACUGCAGAUGGAGACCCUUUAUGGAGUGCUCGAUUCCUACAAACACACCCCGACGAUGUCGUCAACACACAUCUGGAUUUCCUGAGAGCAGGCUCCGACGUCAUCAUGACCAAUACUUAUCAGGCAUCAGUUGGCGGCUUUGUCAAACACCUUGGCGUUACUCCUGAGGACGGGUAUGCACUUAUCAAGCAUGCAGUGGGACUCGCGAAGCGUGCCCGAGACACGUACAUAGAAGAAUGUCGCGAGAGCGGGCAUGUCCCUCAGGCUCCACUGAUCGCCGGCUCCAUCGGACCGUAUGGCGCACACCUGCAUGACGGCUCCGAGUACAGCGGCAACUACGCAGACGUGACGCCAGUGGACACCAUGCGGGAGUGGCACAUGCCUAGAAUCAGGGCACUUGUUGAAGCUGGAGUAGAUUUUUUAGCUUUUGAGACUAUUCCAUGCCUUAAGGAAGCUGAGAUGCUGGUAAGGAUACUAAAAGAGUACCCUCAAAUGAGGGGCUGGCUCAGUUUUAGUUGUAAAGAUGAGAACUCAUUGGCUCAUGGAGAAGAUUUCAAGACAGCUGCUAAAAAAUGCUGGGAUAUGAACCCAAAUCAACUGGUAGCUGUUGGUGUGAACUGCUGCUCACCUAAAAUAGUCGCAAAGUUAUUCAAGGGCAUCAAUGAUGAUAGGCAGCACUCACCCAUUCCAUUCAUUACUUAUCCUAACUCUGGAGAGAAGUACAACCCACAAAUAGGCUGGAUCGACCGGGACAAGUGCGAGGCUCUCGCUCACUUUGUGCCCGAUUGGCUGGAUGUUGGAGUUAGGUAUGUGGGUGGCUGCUGCAGGACAUAUGGUGCAGAUAUCUCUCUCAUUAAGAACCAAAGAGUUUUUGGUAUAUCUGUGACAAAGAAACAGAGAGAUGAUAAAAUUAAAAAGUUACUGAAGGAAAAUGAAGAUCUCAGAGAACAAAACUUAAAACUGACUUUUGAGACCAGCAAACUGAAGAAAGAUAUGGGGAAGCUGAACGACGACAAGUUUUCCGACUACCUGACGCUGAUGAAGGAGCGAGACGCUCGCUACACGCUUUACUUUGAGAAUCUGGCGCUGCAGAUGAAGCUCAAAGAGUUGGACGGCAGCUCGUACCCGGUGGACGACGCCUACGGAGACCCCGUCGUGCUGCGGAUAGCUCUCGACAGAUGCAGGGAACAAUUAUCUAUAACGCAGACAGACCUCAAGAAGAUGACGGACGAGUACGCGGACACCGUACCCCGGCGGGAGUACGACACCUUGGAGGCCAAGUACUACCAUCUGUCCAAGGCCUUGGACAAGCUGGAACAAGAAUACAAAUCUUUACGUGAUAACAAUAAACGACUUUUAACGUUAAAGUCAUCGAUCGAAGAAGAAUUGUUUGAGACAAAGGAGCGAUGCAGCGAACUCGAGCGCGCUGGCACUCCGCGCCCGCAGUGGGAGCUGUGCGCUGACUUUAUUGGCGGCGGCCGCGAUAGGUGGUGGCAGUUAGCCAGGGGUCUAUCUUCACGAGAUACACUCAGAGUGUUGCUAAAAGAACUGGGGCCCGCUGCUGAAAGUGAUCAUUUGGAACAUUUCGAUGGACUUGGUAUGGAUCCCGUGAUACCACCAUAUCUUCGUUAUGAGGGGAAGGUGCGCAAUCUGCGGCUGUCGCGCCGGGAGAUAAGCGUUAUUAUCAACGACAUCUGGCUCGGAAAGAUGGACAGCACCGACAUGUCCAUGCAGGAUUAUGUUACCAAGUAUUUUGAAGAUAGGUACCAGCAGCCGUCAGUGCGCGCGGAGUGGGCGUACAACUUGUGCGCGGGCGCGGAGCAGAUGCUGGACGAGCCGCAGGUGAAGGUGUUCUGGGGUGUGCUGCACGGCCACCUCAGCGAGCGCAUCUACUGGGGGCUGCGCGCCGACUGGCUGGCGCUGCGGGACGCGCUCUACCGGCACGCCAGGGACAACGAGACGAUAUCAAUAGAAGACUUUGAGAAGAUUUCGAAAGCAACGUUCCCGCUUAAGAGUGAAGUAGACAUCAAGAACCUGAUGGACGUCGUACGUAAGCAGCUUAAACUGAAGAUCAAUAGCAACGAAGUCAACUUGGAUAAACUGUUUCAAACGAAUGAAGAGGGCUUCGAUCGCGUGGAGUUUGCUCGUGAGUUAUUCCGACAACGGCAGCUUGCCCAAGACAAGUACAUCCGGGAGGUGGUGACUGAGCUCGGUGGUAAGCACGCCGCUAACAAGACUGUCUCUGUGGAGAACGUGAAGCGAGCCUUUGCCAUCGUCGAUCCAGCUAUAGAUCAUAUUCGCAUGGAGCGCUACAUUCGUUGGGCCUUUUCCGAUCCAUCCACAGAACUUAAUAUAAUUCCCCCAAUACCUCUAAAAACCCUAACUACAAGGCUUGCCGCUGGUGACAUAGAACGUGUUGGGCCCCGAUAUAGAGGUACUCAUCGCAGAAUAUACAAGUAAUACAUUAUUGGAUUCAUCUGAAGAUAUCAAAGAAUUGUUGACUACAUGGCAAACUUAAUCUACAGGAGGUGUUAAUUUCCAAGUGCAGAAAGGUUCACAAUAAGAAAAAAAAAUGAAAUUAAAAGUAAUCGUAUUUUUUUUUA